AUGAGGUUUGUCAUUUUGGGCAGUUUUGGAAUCAGAGUAGUAGAUGGCGAACUCACGCUGGCAGGGGCAACUUUGCGUGCUGCCGAGGACAUAUUUUGGGUUUUUGCUCCGCACUGCGUGGCUCUCCCAGUGGUUCGAACCACUCAAGACACUCGACUAGAAUUGCAUAAUGAUCCUGAGCUGAACAACUUGAGAAAAUUGGGUCGUCUUUCACCUCUGUUCAGGAGAAUAUGGAAUGAGCCAAGUGAGGCCGCUGAUGGAAUUGCAACUAGCGGGCAGACGUUCCAAUUUAUUGGAUCCUCUUUAGAUGCGCCUAGGAGAUGCGUCAUUCAGGAGCUGGUCUCGCCACCGGAAUGGAAUAAGAAGCUGGCGUCCUUGCUGCCGCCUUCACGGACAAGCCAUCGCACAACUCUUGUUUGCGGCCCAAAAUCCACAGGCAAGUCAACCUUCUCAAGGCUGCUAACAAACCGCCUUUUGACAUCUUUAUCAAAUGGUGAGAGUCCUGUGAAACGAGUGGCAGUGCUUGAUCUUGACCCCGGACAACCCGAAUAUGCUCCACCUGGUACACUAUCACUCGUAUGCGUCUCAAAUCCGAACUUUGGCGUCCCGUUUACCCACGCCGCCUUCGACGAUCCGUCAAAUACUAUUCUGAGAAGCCACUCUUUGGCGUCUGUGACACCAGCCUCGGCACCUAGUCUUUUCAUCUCGUGCGCCAUCGACCUAUACAACACGUACCAAAGGUCGCUUCGGACCUACCCACUUAUAAUAAACACCCCAGGUUGGAUUCUGGGCACGGGUUUAGACCUCCUUGUGGAGCUGAUAACGAGGAUCCGUCCUGCUGAAGUCAUAUACAUGUCACAAGAUGGGCCUGCCGACGUUGUGGAUGUGUUGAAGAGCGCGACAAGGAACUCGUUCAGCGUGCUUCCUUCACAACCGUCAGAGUUCACUUCCCGAACUGCUGCUCAUUUUCGAUCAAUGCAAAUGAUGUCAUACUAUCAUUCUCAUAUUGAUAUCAAGGACAAGUCGUUGCAACUGCGGCGGCUCACUUGGGCCGCCCAUGCUAUUACGUCCACGAGACCCUUGGUGGUUUCUUACCAUGGCAGAAAUAGUGGGCUUCUUGGGAUCAUAUCUUAUGACUACCAGUGUACUCCCGAGCUUCUAGCGGCUUCGAUCAACGGGUCAAUACUGGCCAUAGUCGAAAUUGAAGAGCCCAAAGCCUUCCAGCAGCUUGUGAUGACACCCGAAAUCACUGUUGAACAUGACAACACGAAAAUUUGGCAAGUGCCAGUGACUAGAACGAAGGAAGGCUUACCGUUUAUUUCAAACACCAAUGACGCAACGCUCGACCCUCGAUACUGCAAAACAAUCGGGCUUGCUCUUAUUCGAGGGAUAGACAUGAAACGCAAAUGUCUACAUGUCAUCACGCCGACGCCCUACGCAAGCCUUGAGAAAAUCAAAAUAGAGGGAAGGGACAUUGUCUUUGUCCACGGGAGAUUUGACACUCCCCAUUGGGCUUAUACUGAAGACCUCUUUGCCAAAUCCUCUCAAGACGAGCUGACAGACAAGGAAGUCCACAUAACAGACGAAGAGACAAGCGAAGAUGAAGCAGAACAAGAGACGACACAACGAAGGAGGACUGAGCACGCCGUGACAUCUACCGUACCCUGGAUAGAAAUCCUUGAGGGAAACCAGAAACGUCCCGUCGGAUCUCGAGUUUGGCGAGUAAGACGUGACCUAGGGCGACAAAACACUGACUGA